AUGUCCCCCGAUUGGAGGUUGAAAGUUUUAUUACUCGGGUUAGUUAUUCUUUCUUUCUUUCUUUCUUUCUUUCUUUCUUUCUUUCUUUCUUUCUUUCUAUUCUUUUCUUUCUUUUUUCGUUCUUUUUCUUUCUUUUUUCUUUUCUUUCUUUUUUCUUUCUUUCUUUCUAUUCUUUUCUUUCUUUUUUCAUUCUUUUUUCUUUCUUUUUUUCUUUUCUUUAUUUGUUUUCUUUCUUUCAUUCAUUCGUUCUUUCAUUCUUUUCUUUUCUUUCUUUCGUUUCCUUCUUCCUUUCAUCCGUUCUUUUACCUUUUGUUCUUUCGUUUUUUCUUUCUUUCAUACGUUCUUUCUUUCUUUUCUUUCUUUCUUUCAAUCGUUCAUUCCUUCAUCUAUUCCUUUUUCUUUCAUUCAGUCAUUCUUUCGUUUUUUCUUUCUUUCUUUCUUUCUUUCUUUUUCUUUUCUCUCUUUCUUUUCUUUAUUUCUUUUCGUUUCUUUCUUUUUUCUUUCUUUCUUUCAUUCAUUCGUUUUUUUCAUUCUUUUCUUGCCUUUCUUUUCUUUCUUUUAUUUCUUUGCUUCAUUCGUUCUUCAUUCUUUCAUGCUUUCCUUUUUCUUUCUUUUCUUUCUUUCUUUCUUUCAUUCAUUCUUUCGUUCUUUCUUUCAUUCGUUUCUUUUUUUCUCUUUCUUUCUUUCAUUCGUUCUUUCUUUCAUUUCUUUGAUUCAUUUGUUCUUUAUUCUUUCUUUCUUUUCUUUUUCUUUUUCUUUUUCUUUUCUUUCAUCCGUUUUUCUUUCUUUUCUUUCUUUCUUUCAUUCGUUCUUUCACACAUUCUUUUUCUUUCGUUGUUUCUUUCUUUUUUCUUUCUUUCUUUUCUUUCUAUCUUUCUUUCAUUCAUUCUUUCUUUCAAUUGUCCUUUCUUUCUAUUCUUUCCUUCUCACACACACUCACUAUAUAAAUAUGUGUUGGUCAUUCCAGAAAAUCAGUUCGAUUCUUGCCAGCCCCACACCACCUCACCGACAUUCACUCCAGAACCUCCUUAUCUUUUCAAACGUCUAUCUCCAUCUUUCUUUCUUCGUGCGGUCAUUAAUGAAAAGCAGGUGCGAGAUUUCGGGAACGAACGACUGGGGAAGUGGCACAGGCCGGCUAACAGCUGCCUGGAACUUCCUCCGGCGCGCAUUUGCCGGCCUCAUUAUGGCUUAUGUCUUCAGAUUCGGAGCCUGAUAUCUAUCUAUCUAUCUAUCUAUCUAUCUAUCUAUCUGUCUAGCUGUUCAUGUCUGUAUGUCUCUCUGUUCAUAUUUAUGAUUGUCCCUCUGUCUGCCCUUGUUUGCUCAUAUCUCUCUCUCUCUCUCCCUCUAUCUCUCUCUAUCUAUCUCUCUCUUCGUUUUAUUCUCGCUCUCUCUCUCUUUCUGUCUCUGGCUCUGUCUGUUUCUCUCUCUCUCUCUCUCUCUCUCUCUCUCUCUCUCUCUCUCUCUCUCUCAAUAACAUAG